UCCAACAAAAAUGGCUCGCCUUCGAAGUUCAUUGUUCCCGUGGCCGGCUGCCGUGCUCGCGGUCGCGGUUGUCGUCGCCGCUAGCUCGAUGCAUAUUCCGGAAGAUAUGGAAAUUCUAGAGGGUUAUGAUUUGGAAUCGGCCGGUACGGAAAUAAAUCCGGAGGACGAUUUCUACGAGCAGCGCAGUUUGCUGGAACCGUUCUUUUAUCGAGCGAUUCGAGACAAGCGGGAAAUUCCCUACCGGGUUUUGGAAUCGCCCGGGCUGAAAAGUCACUUUAGACAACGUUAUGACGGUGAUUGGUACGAGAAACAGGGUCGUCAUAUCAAAAGGAGAAAUCGACGUAGUAUUGAGGUGGAAAGUUCUAGCACUACGGAGGACCCGAAAUCUAGUGAAGAGCCGCCGAAGGCGGAGAAGCAAACGUUGCAUCAGCGAACCAUAGAAGCUUGGGCGAAAACGCCUUACCAGCUUAAGCAACCGAUUGAUGAAGAACUGGAUUCGGAGGCGGAGGCUUCAAUGAUGAGCGAGGGUAUUAAAGCUCGCGCCCCAAGGGUUAAUUUUAUCACGCAGAAAAAAACAUUGACCGAUUCCUCGGAAUCUCGUGAGGAUAAAGACAAAAUUAUUCCCGAGAUAUACCGGAAACCACUGGCUAGACUAUAUUACGAGUAUCCGACUUUACCGAGGUUUUACGACUCCUUUCCAGCGCAUUCUCAAUCACCAAUGUAUCCGAAAAUCUACAACAAAUACGAUGAAUAUCAUCGGGAUAUGAUGGAUCGGAUGCAUCCGCCAGCUCCGCACCGUUUUGAUACUUACUAUCAGCGCAGAUAUGACACCGAUUACGAUACCUAUUUUCCUCGGUACACUUUCCCCAACUAUUAUUACUACCCGGACAAGCGAUUUGACGUUCCCUCGUAUUACCGCGAUCGCAACUAUUUGUUGACGAACGACGUCAUGGACGUACCGUCGGUUCCACCUCAGUCGGUUUACAAGUUCCCCAGAAGGAAUCGUCGAAUCAUCUAUUAUGCCACCCUUCCGGAGAUCGUCCGAACUCCACCGAACGUAGACCUGCGCUAUCGCAAUUACAACAAAUUCAACAAUCGUUUCGAUCCAUUCUACCCAACGAAAUCGCCAUUGAGUUCGUAUAAAGCGUCCACCUCGAAGUACGACGAUCGGAACUCGGGCGAUCGCAAGGAGGACAAGUACGUGAGUUCUACUCCGAUCAAAAUAAUUCGAGAAAUCACCGCCCAGCAGGAAUCGCCGGGAACCGGAGGUUCCGCUAUCCGUCGGCAGUACUCGAUGAGUGGUAGAUCGGCCGGUGGUUAUCAGGAUGGUGCCCAGCACGAGCAGGAUCGAUCGUACUUCGGCCGACAUCAUUAG